AGUAGAAGAAGAAGAUUGACGCUAACCAGUCAAACCGGGUUAACUUUUUUAUUUUGGUGCCGUUCAAACAAAUAGUUGGUCGCUGACCACAGGGAACCACACGACGACGUCGAAGCAGGAAGUUCGCAGAGGUGAACACUCGGCUAACGUCCAGCUCUUGUAACUCCACCAGAGGCAGUGAUGUAAUGUGGCUCAGAAGGAACGACAGUUGUUUAGAAAACACCACCGUCCUCCGUGUACGAACACGGUGAACGUCAGUGACGCAGUCAUCGUCGGUCCUACAGUACAGAUAGUUCAUGGCCGGUGGAGGGACGGAGAGGUCGCGGAGCGGCACUGGUGGUGAGGCUGCGGGGAGUCCGCACAUCAGCCGAGGAGCAGAGAGGAGCGUCGUCAGCCAGCUGUAACUGUUCUAACAGUCGGGCAGUGAGGAGACCAGAUCCCGCUGCUCCCCUCCGCUCAUGGCCUCUAAGGAGAACGGUUCACCGCUGGGGAUGGGAGAGAUCAUCCAGCUGAACGUCGGUGGGACAAGGUUCAACACAUCCAGACAAACUCUGAUGUGGGUUCCAGACUCUUUCUUCUCAAGUUUGCUCAGUGGAAGAAUAUCUACUCUUCGAGAUGAGACUGGAGCUAUUUUCAUCGACAGAGACCCCACAGCUUUUGCACCAAUAUUGAAUUUUCUCCGGACCAAAGAGUUGGACCUGCGAGGCGUGAACGUCAGUGUCCUGCGGCAUGAAGCAGAGUUUUACGGCAUAACUCCAUUGGUUCAGCGUCUGCUGCUGUGUGAGGAACUGGAGCGCUCGUCAUGUGGAAGCGUUCUCUUCCAUGGUUACCUUCCACCUCCAGCCAUCCUCGCCCCUCAAACCAGCGUGGCCUCCUCAGCCUGUGAGGAGCGACCUGGUCCCAGUGGAGCUGAAGGCCUCACCUGUGCUGGUCCCUCCCCUCACACCUUUGAGCCUGGCUCACCUGGAACCAAAGAAACAACCAGAGUGGGUCCUGUGGUGGACCCCCGGAAGGUUCUGAUUAUUGCUGGACACCACAACUGGAUUGUAGCAGCUUAUGCUCACUUUGUCAUCUGCUACAGGAUAAAGGAGUCUUCUGGAUGGCAGCAGGUGUUUUCCUCCCCCCACCUCCCUUGGACCAUUGAACGUGUUGCACUGAAUGCUAAGGUGGUGGGAGGACCACAUGGAGACAAGGACAAGAUGGUGGCCGCAGCCUCUGAGAGCAGCAUCGUCCUGUGGAGUAUCCAGGACGGGGGCAGUGGGAACCAGAUCGGUGUCUUCAGUCUGGGGGUGCCAGUCGAUCAUCUCUUCUUCAUAGGAAACCAGCUGGUGGCCACCAGCCAUACGGGGAAGGUGGGGGUGUGGAACGCCGUCACACAACACUGGCAGGUUCAAGAUGUGGUUCCCAUCACCAGCUGUGACACGGCCGGGUCCUUCCUACUGCUGGGCUGCAACAACGGUUCCAUCUACUACAUAGAUAUGCAGAAGUUUCCUCUGAGGAUGAAGGACAACGACCUUCUGGUGACAGAACUUUACCACGACCCGUCCAACGACGCCAUCACUGCGCUGUCUGUCUACCUCACACCUAAAACCAGUGUGAGUGGGAACUGGAUAGAGAUCGCCUACGGAACAAGCAGUGGUGCAGUCAGAGUGAUCGUGCAGCACCCUGAGACGGUGGGCUCUGGACCCCAACUCUUUCAGACCUUCACCGUGCACAGGAGCCCAGUGACCAAGAUCAUGUUGUCUGAGAAACAUCUGGUGUCGGUGUGUGCAGACAACAACCACGUACGGACCUGGACGGUGACCCGUUUCAGAGGCAUGAUCUCCACCCAGCCGGGCUCCACCCCUUUGGCCUCCUUCAAAAUCCUGUCCCUGGAGGAAACGGAGAGCCACGGCAGCUACUGCUCCGGGAACGACAUCGGUGAGAGAUGUCCGUUUGGAGAGAGGGACGAUCAGCAGGUCUUCAUCCAGAAGGUCAUUCCCAUCACCAACAAACUGUUCGUCAGACUUUCAUCCACUGGAAAAAGGAUCUGUGAAAUCCAGUCUGUGGAUGGAACCACCAUCUCCUGUUUCAUGGUGAGAGAGUGUGAAGGUUCCAGUCGGAUGGGGUCGCGUCCUCGCCGCUAUCUCUUCACGGGUCAUGGCAAUGGUGGAAUCCAGAUGUGGGACCUGACCACGGCCAUGGACACAGCCAACAGAGGAGAGGAGGGGAGGAGAGAGGAUGUAGGCGGACCCACGGAGGAGGAGCUGCUGCAGCUGUUGGACCAGUGCGACCUGAGCUCCUCCCGCUGUGUGACGCCGAACAUAAGCCCCGCCCCCUCAUUACUGCACCACACACGCCUGCAGGAGUCCAGCUCCAGUCUGAACGUAAAGGCCCAGGAGCCUGUGUCUGAGGUUCAGGCUACGUACGCAACUGUCAGACCCUACAGAGAGAGCCCCCUGUUGGCCAGAGCACGGUACAACGAGGCUUUUCAUAGCAACCGAGAUUUCCAGACCUUCACUUUGAGUGGGAGUCUGGUGGACGGCCCCGGUGCAGGGUCCACUCAGGGCUCUGAUACCUGCCGCUCACUCUGUGACUCAGGACUGGAGGACAGUGAGGGGAGGGCUGCUGCUCUGGAGCUCUGGAGAUGCAGGGGCAUUGGUGCAACUUCCAACCCAAAGGUUGGGGCUUUGAGCAGCGCCGGGGUAUCUGGGGGGAGGACAGAGGGUGGUCUGCCUCCUGAGAGCCCCACUCUUGGGUGUCAUGUCAGAAAAAAGGUUCAUGUAGUGGAGGAAAUAGAGGUUGUGGGAGCCAAGGGUGAGGGAGCCAAGGGUGAGGGGGGGUGCAGUGUUGUCAGGAAGAGAAGUGUGCUGGAAGGAGGCUUCCUGGGAAGGAAGAAAGCUCCUCCGGUUCCUCACCUCUCCUCUGUCCCCUCAGGAUCUGAUGGUGGGGGCAGCGACUCCUCCACUAACGCCUCCCCCUCCCCAACCAAGACAGCCUGCACCUCCCCACGGUACAGGAAGCUGGCCCCCGAGUCGCCUCAUCAAGACAGCAGUUUGUGAGAAGUCACUGGAAUGAUGUCAUCAGGAGCCCCAGGUACAGCACACCUGGUACAGUGACCUGUGACCUUUCUAAGGUCAACCAGAAACUGAUGAUUGACAGAUCAAAGACUUGGCUUCACAGUUUAGGUAAAUGUUACAGACUUUGGAACCAAACAUCGUGUGUGUGUGUGUGUGUGUGUGUGUGUGUGUGUGUGUGUGUUGACGGUGCAUUCACCUGAUUUUGCACUGACUUUCAGUUAAACUGGCUUCUUUUGCAGCUAACUUAGUCGCCCCCUGGUGGGUAAUUGCUCCUCUUACACUACUCCAAAGCUGUUGAAAGUCUUUGAGUUCUUCACCACAUGAUCAGUGACGGAGCUAAACGGCUGCUUCAGGAGCAGCAGGUCAAAAAAACUUCUAAAAUAAAAAUACUGAACUGAAACUAGUAAAGAAAUACUAUGAAGAGGAACAGGUCCUGAAAACACAGUGUCACCCGUUCACUCACAGCUGAGUGUGAAUCGGUGUCACAGGACACAGAGACGACAUUCAAACUAAAAAGGCUUGUCUCCCAUUUUUAUCAAUAAUCCUGUCAAAUAUGUUGAUUACUGAAGUGAUCACAUGACCAUCAGUGGAUCAGUGACAUACGUCGCCUCAGACACAGGAGAAUCAUGAGGUUUGUCUGUGACUAACCCUAAACUAAUGUCUACAAACUGACACCACCUGAACCCAGAUCAGCUGUCAGUCUCAGUCUCAGUCCUGAAACUCUGCUCCUGAAGCUGCCACACAGGGCAGUUAGAACUUCCGUCUUAUUGGUUCAGAUGGAGUUUCCUCCAGUGAGAGUCUCGUCAGUCGUCUGUCCUCAAAACUCUUCUCCACUGGUUGUUAUUUAAGUACUGACUGAGCCUGAGGUAAAAUGGUUUUGUUUGUCCAGCUACAAGUCCAGUUUGUUCAGGGCAAAGACACCAGAACCGACUCCUGAGUUUUACUUUGCUGUGUAAAAAAGUCUCAUAGUAAAAUGAGAAAAACUGGACUGAGAUGUUUACUUGUCGACUGGAUACUUUAUUAUAAAGAAUAUAAAUUAAAUGUGUGUAUGUAAAAGUACUCAAACAGUACACAAUGUCAACAUGCUGAAGUGUGUUGUUAUAAAAACAGCUCCUGUUAUACUGUAGCUGUUGAUGACUCACAGUAUAUGCUGAUGACACGCCUCUUCUGUUGAAUGUACAUUACUAUUGGACCUGACUUUAUCUGCACUUGCACUAUUAAAACAAAUACUUAAUAAAAAUGAGUUGUGUCUCAA